ACGUGUUUUUCUGCGAUUACGGCGAGCGUGUGUACGAUACGGCUUUUUCACCUCACUCUCACGGCGCGGCACGAUACGGUUGGUGAACCGCAGCAGCAGGCAGCACUAACCAACACCAGCCUAGAGGUAGCACCGUUUUUCGGCAGUUUUUCUCGCGUUCGUUUAAUUCGCGAGUAUGAUAUGUUGGACCAGAGCAUAAACAUAACCCAACAGUGAACGUAGAAGUGCAUAGCAGGAUAGUAAAGUGUACCGAAAGAAAGAACGGCAUAGCAAAACCUGUGGAACCUGAUUCAGCAAUAGCUAUACAAAAGGUGUUUUAAAAAAACGAAAACGUGUGGGUGAAUAGCCGCGGGGGAGUGUGUGUCUUCAGCGGAAGUGUCGAUCGUUUUAUCUGUGUGUUUGUUGGCGAAACAUCGUGGAAUGGAGAAAUCACCAAUAAAAUAACAAUUAUUCCCACCGGAUAUAACGCGCACCAUUUAACCGAAAGUGCACUGUUCGGGAUCAUUUAAAAACCUAUAUCUAUAGAGCGAAUGUUUGGUGACUUAUUUGGAUUUUCUUUAGAAGUGGAAGAAAAAAACUGCAAAUAACGCCCCAACGCUGAUUAAACACAGGUGCGAAAGGUGCCACCCAAGACUUGUCGAUACUUUGCUCGGUGGCAACAGUGACCAUGUACAAGUGAAUUCGAACAAGCAGCAGCUAAAUUAGCCGUAAGCCCCCAGAAACACGUCGUUGUUCACUAGGUUUUACCGUGUAUGUGCGUUUUUUUUUCUCGCGUAGAAGUACCUCCAGAUUCACGGAAUUUUUCACGCUCCGUCGAACGGCAGUUUGCGUGAGCCUUCACAAACUUUGUUGCUGUGUUUCAACUUCGGCGAGGUAAGUUUUGCGGCUCGCUACACAUGUCUUUGAACGUGACGGCCACUUCGACCCCCGUAAUUGUGUGCACUUGCCGCCGUCCGCCGCUACUGGUUGGUAGCUAGGUGCUCGCUGCAGCCAGCAAGUUAAGUUGGGGGCAUUGGAGUCAAAUUAAAUCAAAAGCUAAUUUGUGCGAGCCGCUGCGUCUCGUCUCGUCGGUGGUGCGGGAAACUUUCAUUUCGAAACGCCCCUCGCAAACACUUUUUUGCGAUAGUUAUCGAAGUGCAGUUCUAAGCGGUGGUGUUUAGUUGCAAAAAAAAUGGACAAAUCAAAGUGAAAUUUUUUUCUCAACAAGCAAUAACCACGGCGCGAUAGCGCUAAAGCAAACAGUGCUAUAUCGGCAGUGAAUCAUUGAAUAAUAGAUAAUCGAUCUUUAAAAAAAAUACUGCAGUUGGAAAGAAGUGAUAAAACAGCUAAUUGAUUAUUUCUGUUGGAGGCAUUUUCUCUGUCUGCUAGUGGCCGAAUGUGUUUCGUUUGAGCGCAAAAAAGAUCCACUAAUUUUUGCUGGCUUAUCGGCGGAAAAAAGCGUGCAAUCAAACUCGUGAAUGGGCAACGCGGCAAGCAGAAAUUAUUAUCUGAGGAAAAAUUAAGUGCAGUAAAAAAGCGAAAACCCGCACCAACACGAAAGUGAAACAGAAGAUUUUAAAAUUGAACCAAAGUUGAGAAAAAGUUACACACUGUGUUGUAGUGUGGUGGCACGGCAGUUGUUUUCUUUUACUGUAGCGACUGUGUUGUGGCUGGGGAAGUUUUUGGCGCGUCAGCCGUUAUCGACUCUCUCAGGACCAAGUCGUGUCAGCACCGACCGGCGGAACAUAGCGGUUGUGGCAGCAGUAGCAGCAGCAGCAUCAGCAGCAGUGCCGGACGGACUACGAAAAACUUUCGGAUUCACAUGCAUGCAUUCAUCCAUUAACAGACAUUCGCGUAUACGCAUACACUGAGCAACUGCGGGAAAGACAACGACCACGGAGAGGUGAACUUUUGCGUGAACUCAUUGCAAAUGAUCAGAGCUUUACCCAACACAACAAACAUAUCCAAUUUAGUGGCCUGAGGACAGACGGCGGAGAUUCGAUAGAAACUCUGAACCUUGGGCUCUCCAUAUUCUCCACAGCAAGCGCGAAUACCAAGUCGACGCUAAGCAACCAGCAACCAAUAUAUAUAUGUAGAAAUAGUCACCGAUAGAGGAGUUCACCACAAGCGCCUGGCGAAACCCGCGCGGCAAUCGAGUUCAAGGCUUCCAUUGCCGGUUUCUAGCAGCAGCGCGGGGAAGGGAGAUAUCUAACUAGUGGACCAGUUGACACCCAUUCAUUCGCAGUUGUUUCUGUCGGCAGGUAGUGCCAGUGGUGCGUGAAUCGCAACGAGGUGCCAGUGCCAGUGCAAGGGCUUAAGAAUUGGCACACAAAUAAGCAAUCAGUACCUGUACACAUACGGGCACCCGAGUGUUGCUGAUUGAUGAAUAUCGUUAGUGCAGUGCUUCGCGUAAUUUAAUCUAGAUCUUGCGAGGUUUUCUAUUUAUUUCGCGGAACUCCGCCUUCGAAUGUUUUAUUAGUACCCAUGCCUCAGAAUAUGCAUCGGUAAUUGUAUGUGUGAAUGCAAUGCAUGCGAAGUGUAGCCCGUGUUACGUAAAACGGCAGCAAGAAGAAACAAGUUGCAAACUGCUAAUUUCCGUUUGAUAAUUUUCCGUUCCAAAAGUUGUUUAGGCAACUGGUCGGCUGCAAAGGUGCACGAAUGAAAUAGCAUAUACUUCAAGAGAAAUGCAUAAUAUAAUCACUUUGUGCUGGCAAAAAUCGUCUGGAAUUGCUGGUAGUUAACCGGCUCACGUCUCAACACUCCAAUUGUAGAAGACUAAUUUCCGGUCUGGAAUUGGACAGUUGAAAUACUAGUACACAGCAUGGCAUCCAGUGACAACCACAUAGCAAAUGAGUCCACUGACUCGAAUCAAAAUCGAGCUGCCGACGGUCAGGACGAGGUUGAUUUUGCCUUAAAAAUUCCUGCCCCACUACCGGUCAGCAGCACGCCGGCGUGCGCGGUAUGCAGCAAAAACCAAAAAGCCAACGGAAUAGUUAGUACAAAUAACAAUACUGGCUGUUCCCACGGCAAAACCCUGGACAAGUUCAACAUUUUCCACCUCAGACGGCGUCCGAAAAGUGACCCCGGUACCGGAACCAUUGCUAAGCAUGCUCAACAGCAGGCAAUGGCGACGGCCGCGGCUGCAAAUGAGGCAACCAAGAAACGCCGUCACAGUUUCGUGAAAAGCGCGUCAAUCGCGCGCAUCUUCGGCAACAACUACAAUACCAAAAAGGGAGAACAGGAUAGUGGGGCUCUGGUGAAAUUUCAGCAGCUGAAGCGUAGUUUUCUGGGCAGCGAAAGGUUCCAUCAGAAGAAAGAACCAGCCGCCGGUGCCGGUGCCGGUGCUGCGACGGCAGCGGAAAGUGAAUCUCAAGAUCAGCAAGCGGGCAUCGGGGAGGGAUGCUACGUGAACGACAGUGACAGUGGCCCGAAGGCAAUACGAUCCAUUACGCGCGGUUUGGGGCGGUUGCUGAGAAGGAACUCCCACAGCAUCGAGAUCAGCCGACCCGAUCCGGAGUACAAGGUAUCCUAUCUGGGGAAUGUGCUCACUGGAUGGGCUAAAGGUGAAGGCUGUGUCGAGAAACCGCUGGCCACUCUGUGGCGAAAUUACACCCAAAACAGCAAACCGGACGUAAUGAUGAAACUGUGCCUGUGUCCAUCGGGGCUGAAAGCUACCACCCGGCAGCACGGUCUCACCGAGUACUGGUCCCACCGGAUAACCUACUGCACUGCACCAAAGAACUACCCGCGGGUCUUCUGCUGGAUCUAUCGCCACGAGGGCCGAAAGCUGAAGCACGAGUUCCGGUGCCAUGCGGUUAUCUGUAGUAAAGAGCCGACCGCGCAGGAGAUCAGUGCGAUACUGAAGGAAAAUCUGGCCAAAGCCCUGCAGGAGUUCAAACGAGACAAACUGAACCGACAGAAUGCUCGACUGAGUCUGGCCAACAGUGUGUACGACAAUCCGAGUAUGCCCCGACGAAAGAUCAUGCUGAGUGUGGGUGCCAACAACUAUCGGCCGCCGCUGGAACGCUCGAAGUCCGCUCCGAAGCUGAUGGCGAUCGAGGAAAUGAUCGGCGAAGAGGAAGAGGAAGACGAUUUUAUGGGAGCAAGCAGCAAACCCGGCAAGGCACAGGGGGCCGCCGUGGAUGAGUUUAGGUCGUGCUGCAAAGAGGAUGCACUGUUCCCAUCGACGACGCUUGGCAGACGAAGAUGCCGCCGAGGACACUCGAUCCGAAGAAGUCGGUUGAGGAAUUCUUUCAAGUCACCCAAAGCCGUUGAAGCCAAAGUACCGCUGAAGAACGAAAACAUUGUACAGGACAGUCCGAUGAACAAAUCGAUGGAUUCCAUUUUGGAUACGAUUAAACAGGAAGAAGAGGAGGAGCAAAACACGGAAGCAGGAGAAGCCAUAGACAAUAGCCAAGGUACUAGAAAUACGGUGCGUGAUUCGAAUUCUUCGGAAGAAGAUUUUGAAAGUUUACUACGCAAUUACAAUUACGAUUCCAAAGAGCCGCUUUCAUCGGAGCUUAUAUCGUACCUCGAUAUGAAACUAAGUCCAAAGGUAGUUUCCAGUAUGCAUGAUCUGACCAUUCAUCAGCGAAAUGAAGACGUCGAGACGGGUCGACGAUUGGAAGAUGCUCGAUUAGCGUUAAGCUUGGAUGAUCUUGACAAUUACGAAGAACAUCCCAGUCAUGACGAGGCGGAAGACGACGUGUUUUUCAAUCAAGAUGAGGUGCUUGAGAUGCUUCGCAGUGCUGCGGAGUCGGCGAACAGUUUCGUUAAGAGUGAGAAAGCACACUUAAUCAGUCUACUUCAGGAAGCUACCGGAGGCGAAGACGAUACAGCUCCUCCGUCCUUGUUGUGUGUGACCAACAAAAUUACUGGAAACUCGGAUAGUGAUGAAGGAUCCAUAUCCAGUGGCUGCGAAACAUCCAGUACGGUUACUACCAACACAGACGAAUCCACUGCGGCCAUCCUAAUCAAACCGUGCUCGGUUUUGGAAAGGGUUCGAAGCUUCGAGCAGCUUGCCGAGCAUCAAGUAAUUCACGAACCGAUCGGCGAAAAAACUCCUCUGAGCAAACAUAACCUUGAUAAUAACGUCUUCAAACGAAGUAUAACAUUCCCAGCUCCCGGCGUAAAGACCAGCUUUCUUUUACCGGUGAACUCUAUGAUUGUCCAUGAAGAGGAAUCUCCAGAAAGUGCUCCAGCCAGUAGAGCAAAGCCAUCCUCAGUGCGAAACGGUGGCAUUCAGCCUCGCAGACUGAAAACAACGGUGGCGGCUGUCAAUACAGAACUGAUCAAUCACUUGCAGGCAAUCGAUUCCGAUUCGGACCUCAGCGACGAAUCGGGGUACGUGGAAUUCCAAGACCAUCAGUCGUCGAACAAAACCGUUAAAGCCUAGGCUCAGGAAUAUUGUACUGCAGCUGCAAGCAGUAAAAUCUAGUGAUUUAGCUUUACUUUCCGUAUCGUUUGCACACGAAACAAUUGUAGAAAAAGUUUACAAAGGAAAAAAAGAAGAGUUGUAAGUCAGCAACCGUACUCAAAGCCAAUAGUGCUAGCGCGGAAUAUAACAGGUUUAUAUGGAAAUAAUGUGUCUUCAUUACGGAACUAUUAAAUGUACGAUUCGUUUUUCCCAUCCAGCAGAAUUUAGUAACAAAAGUAAACCAAAUACCAAAUAAUUUAUUGUUCUAACAAUAUUGGUUAACGUUUAGAGAAGAUUCUCCUAGAAAAAAGACCAGUAGUUAACUGUUAAAGGGGUUUGUUAGUAGAUAAACAUCCGGGGUAGAGCAUUAUGUGAAAGUUUAGAUUUACACACUAAUAUAUAGUAGAUUUGUAUUUACCUGAAAACAUAGUGAGAGCUGAAAGCGCAGCUUUCUCCAGAGCCGGAAGCAGAAGAAUGCAGUAAAGGAAACAUUCGCAAAUUUGUACAAGUUGUUUUUACACAUAUUCAUACCUAAAUGCUUGUAUAAGCAUUACCAAAAGAAUUCUCACUUUAAAGUAUACCGUUGCUGUUGACACCUUUGGGAAAUCCACUCUGUUUCUGGGACCGACCGCCGGGUAGUUCCGGCAUUUAAGGUGUGUAUUCUCGGGAAGAGUAACAAAACAAAUGGACUUAAAAAUUGCGUAACUGUGAAAUUAUACCUAAACAAGAGGAGAUAAUCAUAUGGUUACAAAUCUAAUGAAUAUAGGUAAACUAUAUUUAUUAUUAAAUGAUAUUAUUGAAUGUCUAAA